AUGCGUCUUUUCUCCAAGACUGUAUCACGUGUUGGAUUUUGCGCGGCGGUUGCUUAUGUGAACGAUUUGAUUGUUAUUGGCCCGGAACUGGACGACAUUAAAGUGGUGCGCGACGGACAAAAGAAACAGUUUGACAUUAAGGAGAUUAAUUGCCGAACGUUUUCAGUUGGCCGACUGUAA